AUGGCGCCCAUGUUGACGGGCACCGAGGUGGCCAAGCACGACAGCAAGGACUCGUGCUGGGUCAUCGUGCACGGCAAGGCCUACGACGUGACCGAGUUCAUGCCCGAGCACCCGGGCGGCAUGAAGAUCAUCCUCAAGUACGCGGGCCGGGACGCCACUGACGAGUUCGACCCCAUCCACCCGCCCGACACGCUCGACAAGUACCUCGACAAGUCCAAGCACCUGGGCCCCGUCGACAUGUCGACGGUCGCGCAGGAGAGCAAGGAGGCGGCGUCGCCCGAGGAGAGCGAGCGGCAGGAGCGCAUCAGGAACAUGCCGCUGCUGUCGCAGUGCUACAACCUCAUGGACUUCGAGGCCGUGGCGCGGCGCGUCAUGAAGAAGACGGCGUGGGGGUACUACUCGAGCGCGGCCGACGACGAGAUCACGAUGCGCGAGAACAAGGCGGCCUUCCAGCGCGUCUGGUUCCGGCCGCGCAUCCUCGUCGACGUGGAGAAGGUCGACUUCUCGACCACGAUGCUGGGCGCCCGGUGCGACAUCCCCUUCUACGUGACGGCCACGGCGCUCGGCAAGCUGGGCCACGCCGAGGGCGAGGUGGUGCUGACGCGCGCGGCGCGCCGGCACGGCGUGGUCCAGAUGAUCCCGACGCUCGCGUCGUGCUCGUUCGACGAGAUCGUCGACGCGGCCGAGGCGCCGCAGGUGCAGUGGCUGCAGCUGUACGUCAACAAGGACCGCAGGAUCACGCAGCGCAUCGUCGAGCACGCCGAGCGGCGCGGCUGCCGGGGCCUGUUCAUCACCGUCGACGCGCCGCAGCUGGGCCGCCGCGAGAAGGACAUGCGCUCCAAGUUCGACGAGCAGGGCAGCAGCGUGCAGAGCGGCGACGCGACGGACAACUCGCAGGGCGCGGCGCGGGCCAUCUCGAGUUUUAUUGAUCCGGGCCUCAGCUGGAAGGACAUCCCCUGGUUCCAGAGCAUCACCAAGAUGCCCAUCAUCCUCAAGGGCGUGCAGCGCGUCGAGGACGUGGUCAAGGCGAUCGAGAUGGGCGUCCAGGGCGUCGUGCUGUCCAACCACGGCGGGCGGCAGCUCGACUUUGCGCGCUCGGCGAUCGAGGUGCUGGCCGAGACGAUGCCCGUGCUGCGCGAGCUCGGCCUCGAGAACAGGGUCGAGAUCUUUAUCGACGGCGGCGUGCGCCGGGCGACCGACAUCAUCAAGGCGCUGUGCCUGGGCGCCAAGGGCGUGGGCAUCGGCCGGCCCUUCCUCUACGCCAUGUCGGCGUACGGGCAGGCGGGCGUCGAGAAGGCGAUGCAGCUGCUCAAGGACGAGAUGGAGAUGAACAUGCGGCUGAUCGGCGCGCAGACGGUCGCCGACCUCAACCCGUCGCUCGUCGACGUCAAGAGCCUGCUGAGCCACGGCAACGGCGUGCCGGCCGACAACCUGGCGCGCUCCGUGUACGACCCGCUGGCGAACCCGCCGCAGCGGCAGUCCAAGCUGUGA